GUCUGCUGCCGCUGCUGCUGGACGGGAACUAUGGAGGAGAAGCACAACGAGGAUGAGAGUGCCAAAGACCCACAAUCAACAUCCUACCAGCGGAGGAUGUGGAGGAAUUUCCAGGAGAAGACCAAACCGUUUUUAAGCCCCAAACUGGGCUCCGAACUACGCAGCGGAGAUGGUAAAAAAGAGAGCGGCUUGUGGAUGUUUAAAAGAAAGAAGAAACAGGUCAUGGAUCGGGUCUUCUCGUCCUCGCAGCCCAAUCUGUGCUGCUCAACUCCACCGUCUUUCGGCAGCGACCAGCUGGACUCGAACGCCGGCAAAGGGCUCGGGACAUCACCGCUGGCCGCUGCUGAUGGAGCAUCACUCAGUAAACCGGAGAUUUCCGUAUCCGCGCACGGGAGCCCGAAGCUGCUCGUGUCUCCUCUGGCGAUGAUGUCCCAGCAGAAGAGCUCGUCCUUGGGCUCGACGUGCUUCGAGAAGCUGGUGGUGAAUUCAGCAGCAUCCAGUGAGGAUGAGCUCUCUAAAAACGCCAGUGAUCUGAGCAUCAACAUUGUGAAGACAAGUAAUGAAGAACUUCCUCCCCCGUCAAAGCCAGCAAUGUAUCAACUGGAUAUUGUGCUGAAGAAGGGCAAUAAUUUGGCAAUCAGGGACAGAGGAGGGACCAGUGACCCCUAUGUGAAGUUUAAGAUCGCAGGGAAGGAGGUGUUCCGCAGCAAGACAAUCCACAAGAACCUUAACCCUGUAUGGGAUGAGAAAGUCAGUCUGCUGUUGGAGAGUUUGAGAGAGCCACUCUACGUCAAGGUCUUUGACUAUGACUUUGGGCUGCAGGAUGAUUUUAUGGGUUCUGCAUAUCUCUAUUUAGAGUCCCUUGAACACCAAAGGACACUGGAUGUGAUCCUUGACCUCAAAGAUCCCCACUAUCCCAAUCAUGACCUUGGUUCACUUGAGCUGGCGGUCACACUUAUUCCAAAAGAGGGAGAAUUCAGGGAAGCAACCAUGCUUAUGAGAAGGAGCUGGAAACGAUCCAGUAAGCAUCAGAGCCUGAGGUUAUCAGAUGUUCACAGGAAAGCUCAGCUAUGGAGAGGCAUCGUCAGCAUCCGACUUAUAGAGGGUCAUGACCUCCAGCCUAUGGACGCCAAUGGCCUCAGUGACCCUUAUGUCAAAUUCAGAAUGGGACACCAAAAGUACAAAAGUAAGACAAUACCAAAAACCCUAAACCCGCAGUGGAGAGAGCAGUUUGACUUCCACCUAUUUGAUGAACAUGGUGGUUUAGUAGACAUUACUGUCUGGGACAAAGAUGCAGGAAAGAGAGAUGACUUUAUGGGCAGGUGCCAGGUGGACCUCUCUCUACUCUCAAAGGAGUGCACACACAGAUUGGACCUGCCUCUGGAGGAGGGUGAGGGCACACUGGUGCUGCUGGUCACCCUCACAGCCUCUGCUGCUGUCUCCAUCGCUGACCUGUCUGUCAACAUGCUAGACGACCCUCAUGAGAGGAAAGAGAUUCUACACAGAUAUAGUCUACUCAAAUCCUUUCACAAUAUUAAAGACGUGGGAGUGGUGCAGGUGAAGGUGAUCCGGGCGGUGGGACUGAUGGCAGCUGAUGUUACAGGGAAAAGUGACCCCUUCUGUGUGGUAGAGCUCAGCAACGAUCGGUUACAGACACACACCGUGUACAAAAACCUCAACCCAGAGUGGAACAAAGUCUUCACAUUCAAUGUGAAAGACAUCCACUCAGUCUUAGAGGUGACUGUCUACGAUGAAGACAGAGACCGAAGUGCCGACUUCUUGGGCAAAGUCUCUAUACCAUUGUUAAACAUCCAAAAUGGAGAACGCAAAGCUUAUGCCUUGAAAAGCAAGGAACUGACAGGGCCAACCAAAGGGGUCAUCUUUCUCGAAAUAGACGUGAUUUAUAAUGUCGUGAAAGCCGGCCUGAGAACUUUGAUACCAAUCGAACAGAAAUACAUCGAAGAGGAGCCACGGGUGUCCAAACAGCUGCUGCUGCAGAACUUUAACAGAGUGAGGCGCUGUAUCAUGUUCCUAAUCAAUGUUGGCUGCUAUAUCAACAGCUGCUUUGAGUGGGAGUCUCCUCAGAGGAGCAUCUGUGCCUUUCUGUUUUUUGUUGUAGUCGUUUGGAAUUUUGAGCUCUAUAUGGUCCCGUUGGCUCUGCUGAUGCUGCUGGCCUGGAACUACAUUCUCAUCACUUCAGGGAAGGACACUAGACAGGGAGACAUGCAAGCUGUGGAGGAUUUGCUGGAGGAUGAAGAGGAAGAUUUUGACAGAGAUGACAAGGUGCCGGGCUCAGUCCCCUCCCAGGAUGGCCGGCUGCCGGAAAGCCAUAUCCUUGCGGAUAUUUUGGCUUCCUGGCACUUUGAGUGGAUUCGCGUGAUGGUGGUGGCAUCCAGGGACCCAGAGAGGACAGGGCAAGGAGAGCAUGGGGAGCAGAAGCAUUCUGAGGACUCAGAGAGAAAGGGUUUCAUGAACAAGCUGUAUGCCAUUCAGGAUGUGUGUAUCAGCGUGCAGAAUGCUCUGGAUGAAGUGGCCUCCUAUGGUGAGAGGAUAAAGAACACUUUCAACUGGACCGUGCCUUUCCUGAGCUGGUUGACCAUAAUUGCCGUGUGUGCAGCCACUCUCGUAGUAUAUUUUAUUCCUCUCAGAUACAUCGUGCUGGCCUGGGGAGUGAACAAGUUCACCAAAAAGCUACGAGACCCAUACAGCAUCGACAACAAUGAGCUGCUGGACUUCCUGUCCCGAGUGCCCUCAGACGUUCAAGUGGUGCAGUACCAAGAACUGAAACUGGAUCCCAGUCACAGCCCAAAUAAAAGAAAGAAAAAUAACCCAGGAUAACUCCUCUCCUCCCAUGGAAUGCCUUCCCUCUCCCAAUGCCAUGGAGAAGGAGAGGACUGAUGUGGACCAGCCUAACAGUCUCUCUGUAUUUCUCCCUCACUCUUUUUCUCUCUGUUUUAGCCGCAGCCUUUCCACAACAUUGUUAGUUAAAGAGCGUGGCCAGAGAGAAAAGGGGGACCAUUAUUAAUAACCAUCGUGUUUCACUGUCCUUUUUUGGGGGGUUUAUUUUUUCGGUGGCUAGAGCGUAGAAAGCUCUUGACCCCUUUUAGAGUCAAACAGUCUGGCUUAUUUGUCAGCUCUUGCCACAAGCCAGACAGCUCGGAAAAAUCAAGGUGUCCUUCUACGGCAGCAAAGGGAGCUGCUUUAGCCACAAAUAGCAGGAUCAGCUGAUAAUACACCACCUGCGUCUCUACAGAGGGGAAAACGAUGGUGGUUAAGUCGCAGUUUGCACCCUAUAAUUUGCGCUGCCAUAUCUAAAGCUAUCCAAAGCUGUCGAGCAGCAGUAAUUGGAGUUGAUAGCUAAGCCUGUUACAGUCUGAUUUAUGGCUGUAACUAAAGUGCUUGUGAAAACAACUCAAUAGCCAUGUGCACAAGGCUUUUCACUGUCUUUACGUUGUUUUGAUAUAAUUUUAACAGUAUGAAUGAUGCAUGCUGAGACUGUCAAUUGUAAACAUUCUUUGACCAAUAGUAGCCAUGUCAGUGCUGUUGUUGUAGUGGGGAUUGGAGUACUUCAGAGACUGUUUACAUGUAAUUUACAUCUCACAUCAUUCACUACUUCAUCUUUUGCUCCAACAUAAGGAGGACUAUACUUAAUACCUGAGGAAAGCUAUACGUUAACAUUUCAAAUCUAUUUCCAAUGCAGUUGCUCGGAUAGAAAACGGAGCCCCGAUAGUAAACAACAUUCAUGCUCAUUUUUUUGAGCAAUCAUCUGAAAUGUAAAUACCAUGUCUUUAAUCACUCGGGAGCUGCAGGAAAACAAUGUCAUGACAACGCUAAAUAGCUAAUGGCACCACAAGAUUGCACACAGUGCCAAGGCCUUCACUAGCGACUAUUUUACUAUCAAAGGCAGGAAACAGGAAAAAAGGUAAAUUUUAUACUUUUAAGAGUCCUCAAAAAAAAUCAGGCACUAGUAUAAAUAUCUACUAUACUGCCCUUCAAAGACAAAACCGGUGGCAGAUGGUGCUUUUUAAAAGUGGGGACUAUUGUAUUUGGUGUCUGCAAUGUUGCUCCCAAAAUCAGUUCAAACUACUAUUCAAACAGUAAAAUGUCUUCACAAACAUUAUUAACAAAGCUCAAAACAGGCAAAAUAGGCAAAAUGUCCGAUCAUGAAAACUGUAAUAAAUGUGUUAAGUCAGUUGCAAAUAAUGCGUGUGUUUCUCCGAGCCGCCAAACACUGCGUUCAACAGCAGAGCUUUUACAUUUCAUAUGCUGUCAAUCGUGUACAUAACCAUUUCAGUUACUGGCCAUUUGUUGACAAGUCCCGCCCAAUAAUCUUAACAAGCUUGACAAGUAAUCAUAUAGAGAACUUGUCUUUGGCACAUUUCUUUUUACAUUUUAGGGGAAGCCGGGCUGCCCAUGUAGUCUGAAAGCAAUCUCCACUGGACAAAAUACAAUAACUGCUGCAACACUGAAACUUAGAAAAAUGGUGUCAAAGUUCCAUGGUUUUUUUGUGUUGCCUUUGUAGUUACUGCAAUUUUCAUACUCUCUCACAUUCUCGGAAUCUGAGCAUAUUGAUCCAAGCCUAUCUGCCACAGGACAGAUCAUAGGUCAAGAGACCCGAUUUUGAUCACAACUUGACAACUUGGCAAAAUGCGUAGUUACCGUGGUUACCCUUUUGCAUGGCAGUAUAAUAUAAUGGAAAUGUUUGCAAUGUUGCUUGCUAACAUUUUUAUUUCAUCAGAAUACACGACUCCUUUUGAAUGGCCCUGCUGUAGUGCACCCGUAUUGCCACGCGGUGCCACUCCACUAAUAAAGACAUCAGUCCAGGGCAGCAGAAUGGCGAUUGAGAGGCGAGAGAGGCACGUUCUAAUUUGAAAGCAAGUUCCCAUGUCAUCUCGGCACGCACCGCUCCAUUGGGAUCGGCAACUCUGCCACUGUGCCUGCGGGCAUCAGCCACCCCGUCUGCCCCACCUCCUGUACCCAAACGCCUUUCAAACUUUGAUCUCUCUUUCUCAAGACUGCACUGCUGAGUGUGUGUGUGUGCUUGUUUUACAGAGGAAUAACACUCACAUUCUGGCUAUAGUGUUUACCACAUCCAUCUCAAAAUCCCAAACUUGAAGGGCAAAUGUCAGUGUGUGUUUUCAUUGCUGUGGAUUGGCUGCUUGACAAAAAGUCGAUAGCGUGUGACAGGCUGCUUUAGGGCCUUAGGGGGUACUGGAGGGCAGAGGUUUACUGACACAGAGGAGGAGGAUGCGGGCUUCUUUUUUGGAACUCCUCCUGUCAUUCCACUCUCUCUCCCUGUCAUUUCCUCUCCUUCAUGCAUCUACUUGAGAGGGAGGUCACGGAUCGGUCUGCGGGGGGCUCUUGAGGGACCUCAAUACAGUGAAUGCAGAAAGAUCACAGCACAGGCUACAUCAGAGAGGACUCUGACCCUGUCCCUCUACCAUGAAGAAAAAAAAAAAAAAAUCCUCCCUCCUGACUUUUCAUUUGCCAUAGCACAUCUAUCAUAUGGAAAGACCAUUGAUUUGUCUGAGGGAAUUCCAUUACAAAGACAACACAAUUCCCACUGAGCAGGACAUGGAUGGUACUCCUAUGAUUCUCACUAUAAAAAAAACAAAACAAAAAACAGAGAUGAUUUGAAUAGCAGAAUGGAUAGUUUUCCAAGACUGAAUGUGUUUGUAUGUCCUGUACAUGUUGAUUUUAGUUGUUCAGUGGGUUUAUUGUGAUUGUUUUUUGCAUCCAGAAAGCUUUUUGUUUUGUAAAAGUGCAUAUCCUAUGUUUGCAAGCAAACCAAAAUGGAUCUUUUUUUAAUAUAUAUAUAUAUAUAUAUAUAUAUAUAUAUAUAUAUAUAUAUAUAUAUACACACACACACACACACACACACACUGGCAGCCAAAAGUUUGGAAUAAUGUACAGAUUUUUCUCUUAUGGAAAGAAAUUGGUACUUUAUUCACCAAUGUAGCAUUCAACUAUCACAAUGUAUAGUCAGAACAUUAAUAACAGGAAAAAGUUCUCAUCAAAAAAUCCUCCACGUGCAGCAAUGACAGCUUUGCAGAUCCUUGGCAUUCUAGCUGUCAGUUUGUCCAGAUACUCAGGUGACAUUUCACCCCACGCUUCCUGUAGCACUUGCCAUAGUCUUGUCUUGUCGGGCACUUCUCACGCACCUUACAGUCUAGCUGAUCCCACCAAAGCUCAAUGGGUUUAAGAUCCAUAACACUCUUUUCCAAUUAUCUGUUGUCCAGUUUCUGUGUUUCUUUGCCCACUAAUAUUUUCUUUUUUUUUUUCUGUUUCAAAAGUGGCUAUUUCUUUGCAAUUCUUCCUAUAAGGCCUGCACCCCUGAGUCUUCUCUUUAUUGUUGAACAUGAAACUGGUGUUGAGCGGUAGAAUUCAAUGAACCUGUCAGCUGAGGACAUGUGAGGUGUCUAUUUCUCAAACUAGAGACUCUGAUGUACUUAUCCUCUUGUUUAGUUGUACAUCUGGCCUUCCACAUCUAUUUCUGUCCUUGUUAGAGCCAGUUGUCCUUUGUCUUUGAAGACUGUAGUGUACACUUUUGUAUGAAAUCUUCAGUUUUUUUUGGCAAUUUCAAGCAUUGUAUAGCCUUCAUUCCUCAAAACAAUGAUUGACUGACGAGUUUCUAGUGAAAGCUUUUUCGUUUUUGCCAUUUUUUAUCUAAUAUUGACCUUAAGACAUGCCAGUCUAUUGCAUACUGUGGCAACUCAAUAACAAACACGAAGACAAUGUUAAGUUUCAUUUAACGAACCAAAUAGCUUUCAACUGUGUUUGAUAUAAUGGCAAGUGAGUUUCUAGUACCAAAUUAGCAAUUUAACAUGAUUACUCAAGGAUAAGGUGUUGGAGUGAUGGCUGCUGGAAAUGGGGCCUGACUAGAUUUGAUCAAAAAUGACUUUUUCAAAUAGUAAUGGUGUUGUUUUUCACAUCAGUAAUGUCCUGACUGUACUUUGUGAUUAGUUGAAUGCCACUUUGGUGAAUUAAAGUACCAAUUUCCUUCCGAAACCACAAAAUCUGUACAUUUUUCCAAACUUUUGACCAGUGUGUGUGUGUGUGU